AAAGAAACUAACGAACUAUGAAGAUCAAAAUCAACUGGACUGUCGGACCAGGAACGCAGGAAGCCCCCCUCCCUCUCUCUAAAAACGAAAGCCAAUGAACUUUCAAAUCCCAUUGAUUCUUAACGCAGGUGUAUUUGGUGUGAAUUGUGACAUGGGUACUAUAAAUUUUUAUUCUGGGGGAGAUUUUUCUAUGUGGGUGUCUUAGAAUUUGAGUUUUUUUGGAUUGGUAAGUGAAAAUAAUUUGGGAAUCGAGGACAAGUUUGAUUUGAAACCGGGAUAGGAAAGAAUGACAAGUCAAGUUUGGAGAUGGGUUUUGGGUUUGAUAUACAUAGUUGCUGUUGCUUGUAUCUGGAUAGCUGCUAGCUUCGUGGUUCAGUCUGUUGUAGAUGCGGGGGUUUCACCUUUUCUCAUCACCUACAUUUGCAAUUCAUUGUUUGUGGUUUACAUUCCCAUGGUUGAAAUUGGGCGCUUUUUGGAGGAUAAGUAUGGAGGUUUUUGGUUUUGGAAAAAGAAGACAAGUAGCAUUUCGCAAGAUUUGGGAGAGUCAGAGCAGGUUGUUCUCCUUGAGGAGAGUGAUUUAGAUGCAAAAGCUAGUGGUUCGACUCCAUCAGUGCUUGUGGAAGAGGGACAAAUUAGUGAGCAUGGAGAAGGUAUCGAUUCCAUCAGUCCUUUGCCGGAUCAGGAUAAAGCCAAUGGCAAUUCGAAUAAACAAGUUGAUGAAAAAGGGCGUUGGACGCGCACUAGAGUGGCAAAAGUUAGCUUAUUGAUAUGCCCAUUUUGGUUUUUGGCACAACUCACAUUUAAUCUCUCUUUGAAGUAUACUACAGUCACGUCAAAUACCAUCUUAAGCAGUGCAUCCAGUCUUUUUACGUUUUUGGUCUCUUUAGCAUUCUUGGGCGAGAAUUUUACUUGGUUGAAGCUCGUUAGUGUUCUUCUUUGUAUGGCUGGAACAAUAAUUGUCAGCUUAGGGGACUCUGAAGCGGGCUUAACUGCAGCGUCAAACCCCCUUCUUGGAGACAUUCUUGCACUUGUCUCAGCAGCAUUGUAUGCUGUGUAUAUUACCCUUAUUCGUAAGAAGCUACCUGAUGAUGAUGGAAAAAGUGGACAUGUCAGUAUGGCACAGUUUCUCGGAUUUCUAGGGCUUUUCAACCUCUUCAUUUUCCUUCCUGUUGCCCUUAUUCUUAACUUCACCAAGCUGGAACCUUUUGACGUGCUUACCUGGGAUCAGGCUGGUCUAAUUGUUGGUAAAGGUCUGUUAGACAAUGUGCUGAGUGAUUAUUUAUGGGCCAAGGCCGUUCUUCUGACAACAACCACAGUAGCAACAGCUGGUCUUACAAUUCAGGUUCCAAUAGCAGCUAUAGUCGAUUCAAUAAUGGGCACUGCCCCUCAUCUCAUGGAUUACCUUGGAGCUCUGGCUGUCAUGAUUGGGUUUGCUGGCAUCAACAUUCCUUCUGAUGCUUUUAGAAGAUCAAAAGAAUCCAGUGUUGAGUUAGAAAAUGAAAAUUUCAGUUCAUCUGCUGAUCAAGAUCACGUGCCAUCAAUCCGUCAAGCUGCAGCUACCAUUUCAUAGCACGUUGGUGCUUCUUCUGGAUGAAAUAAAGAAUCAUGAGCAGUAUCAGACACCAUGUUGCUCAGACCUAGAUUAAUCAAGCAUGGUGAUUUUCUGGCAUUCUGAACAAUGAAUAGGUAAUGAUGUAAUAUGAAGAACUAUUGAAGCGUUGAAUGCAAAACAACCACAGGAAGAUUGGGUAUUGCCAAGAUUGUGGUAAGCCGUGAAGGAUGUUCAAAUGCCAGAAAGACCUAUUAAGGACCUUUGAUAAGUGUGUCGACUUGCAAAAUGAGUUGCUCUCCUUAAGAACUUUUAUAACAUGUUUGAUUCCCAUGAAGAACGUUAUUCAGAACAGUCAGGAAAUUGAAAUAAUCAAAGCAAGGAAUAAGAUUCUUUUCCAUUUCCACCAUUUCAAUUGAAACAAAGAUGACCUAUUUUACCGUCAAGAUUUUA